CUGCUGCCGCCCCAGCAACUGGAAGCCAUUUGUGUCAGGGUGACAUCUGGAGAUAAGAAAGGGCAGGAGAGGCCAGUGCGCCCCUCAGCCACCACGCAACCCCAGACUGGAGGACAGUGUCUGCUGCCUGGGAGCUGGCCCAACCCUCGGGGUCUCGGGGUGCAGUCUGAGGCUCCUUGGGGACCCAUGCUGGCCAAGAGGGUGAAGACUGCUCCUGCCCUGAGCGGCCAGGGAGCCAUGUUGACCCCUCUGCCAGCCUCUGCCCUGGCUGCACCGGGCUCAGUGCAUUUGUCUCCGGCCGGCUGGCACACAGAGUGUGCCAAGAAGCUGAAAAAGUCUCUGAAGGUGAAGACGCGUUCUGGGCGGGUCUCCCGGCCUCCCAAGUACAAAGCCAAAGACUAUAAAUUCAUCAAGACAAAGGACCUGGUGGACGGGCGGCCAUCAGACUCAGACGACUACGCAGAGCUGAGUGCUGGGGACGAGGAGGAGCAGCAGGACCCGUGGGCAUUGUUUGCUGCCGCCAGCUGUGCCCUGCGGCCCCGGGCCUUCCAGUGCCCGGCCUGUGACAAGGCCUACAUUGGGCAGGGCGGACUGGCCCGGCACUGGAGGCUGAACCCGGGCCAUGGCCAGCUGCAGCCCACACCGUCACCUGAGAAGGGGCAUCUGGCCUCCCUGGAGCCGCCCACACUGCCUGCGCCUGGCCAGGACAGGGCAGAGGCAGCACAGGGCGGCCCGCAGGACACUCAGUACAUAGAAGGUGAGGAGGCGAUGGUGCUGGAGCCAGAAAACGGAAGUCACUCAGCUCUGGCUUUUCCACGAGGUGACACUGAGGGCCCGGCAGAGCCAGGCACAACCGGUGUCCUGCAGAAUGGGGCAGCCCGGCCAUGUGGGGGGCGAGCAGUGGCCACAGGGCCCACCACCUGCAGGAGCAGAGCCCAGCUCUGGGAGUCACUCCAGCAGUGUGGCCCAGAGGACCUGGUGGAGCUGGUGCUGCCCCGGCUGGCUCAGGUGGUGACCGUCUAUGAGUUUCUCCUGGCGAAGACCAAGGAGGGCGGCGCAGGACAGCCCCGCUUCCCGGCCGUGUAUAAGGAGUUCGAAGAGCUGCACAGCAGGGUCAAGACCAUGUGUCAGGAGCACCUGGGCCGGGCCCCUGCCACUCCAGAGCCCUUGGAAAUCAUCGACCCUCAGGUGGCUGAGUCCCUAGGAAUCACAGAAUUCCUGAAGAAGACAGAAGCACAUCCACACUGCACUGCAGCCUGGUGCCAUAGUCGGCAGGGGGUGCAUGAGUCUGCGCAGGAAGUGCCUGUGGCGAGGAGGUCCUGGGGCAGCUUUGAGGCCCCUGCUGCCCAUGGUGGAGGCUGGGAGAUGCCUGGGCUGUGUGUGCCCACUGCCGGCGAGGGUUGUGCCCCUCCCCAUUGCGAAGGCAGCUGUGGGAUGACAGUUUCCGGUGGUGACAGAAGUGUGUCACACCCACAUCCACAGUUCAGGGCAUCUGCUGAUUCUGAAGCCAGACGUGGGCCUUCAGGGCCUGCUGUCCCAUGUGGGGACGGCUGCAGACCAGCUCCCUGUGCCCAGCUCGGAGAGCCCGAGGACAGCUUUCCUGACCCUGGGGCCGCCCCAGGGAGCCCUGGAGUCUUUAGCACUCCGUCACCAGUGGGAGAAGCUGAAGGUGCCAGGCACAGGGCCCCACCACAUGAAGAGCUCUUGCCUGUGGACUGCAGGCCAGGGGGCUGUGCUGACAGGUCUGACCCAGACGGGUCACCAUUGACUACAGGAAGCUGCGCAGGGGGACCUGCUGCAUCUUCUCCGCGGGAUGGACUGGGGCAUGUAGUUGCUGUUGGGGCACACCGUGGCUUUUGAAAUCACAAAUGGGUACCUGGAGGCGUUGUUUUAGGGCCGGCAGGUCUUCACUGAGACCGCUGCUGACAGGCAGUGUCCUGGGACAGCACUGUUCCAGUGACUGGUGCGGCAGGGUGUGGCCUGCACAUCGGGACCUCAGAAGGCAUCAACCUUGUGGCAGCAGGCACCACCCUCACUGUGUAGGCAGAGCCCUGGCAGUGAGGCUGGCAGAGGCAUGGGCUGUAUUUGUUUAUCUGGAGUCUGUGGUGGGCAGCGGUAGUUUUCUAAUGUGAACCCUGACACAGAUGAGCCUCGGGUGUACAUUGUAAUGUCUAGAGCCAGACAUGGUGGCGACCACCUAUAAUCCCAGCACUUAGGAAGCUGAGGCAGGAGGAUCA